AUGGCCAUUUCAAAACCUCUGAUCCUUGCCCUCCUCGGAUGCCUCUGCUUCUGCAGCUCGGUCCUAGCCGCUCGCGAGCUGAGCGAUGACUUGUCGAUGGAGGCGAGGCACGAGAGCUGGAUGGUGCAGUACGGCCGUGUGUACAAGGACGCUACAGAGAAGGCACGGCGGUUUGAGGUGUUCAAGGCCAAUGUCGAGUUCAUCAAGUCAUUCAACGCCGGGAGCCGCAAGUUCCAUCUCGGCGUCAAUCAGUUCGCUGACAUCACCAACGUGGAGUUCAAGGCGACAAAGGCCAACAAGGGGUACAAAUCGGGCUUGGAGAGGGCUCCUACCGGGUUCAGGUAUGAGAAUGUUAGCUUCGACGCACUUCCGACGACAGUGGAUUGGAGGACAAAGGGCGCGGUCACUCCUAUCAAGAAUCAAGGCCAAUGUGGCUGUUGUUGGGCAUUUUCUGCUGUUGCAGCAACAGAGGGCAUUGUCAAGCUGAAAACUGGCAAGCUUAUUUCUCUGUCGGAGCAAGAGCUUGUAGACUGUGAUGUCCACGGCACAGAUCAGGGUUGUGAAGGCGGACUCAUGGAUGAUGCAUUCAAGUUCAUCAUUUCGAAUGGUGGCCUUACUACCGAGUCUAGCUACCCAUAUACGGCAGAAGAUGGCAAGUGCAGCAGCAGAUCCAAGAGUGCUGCCAUCAUCAAGAGCUACGAGGAUGUGCCAACCAAUAACGAGGCUGCCCUCAUGGCAGCUGUCGCAAACCAACCUGUCUCAGUUGCCGUGGACGGAGGAGAUAUGACAUUCCAAUUCUAUAAAGGUGGAGUGAUGACCGGCUCUUGUGGUACCGAUCUAGACCAUGGGAUUGCUGCUAUUGGUUACGGGCAAGCCAACGAUGGCACAAAAUAUUGGCUAUUGAAAAAUUCGUGGGGCACAACAUGGGGAGAAAAUGGAUACUUAAGAAUGGAGAAGGACAUUUCAGACAAGAGGGGCAUGUGUGGCCUUGCCAUGGAGCCCUCGUACCCUACUGAGUAG